AUGAGAGCCCCGUGGCUCGUCCUGAUUCUUGCCAAGAUCCUGGACCUGGAGCAGCUGGUCCUGGGGGACGCCGAGUGUCACCGUAACGACACAGUCUUAACAAUCCCGGCUCGAAGGUCGACGGGGAACCUCUCCAGACGCAGGAGGCUGACGUUUCCAAAGGACAGCGCUUUCGUGAUGACUAUGUCCACUCUGCAAUCGAUUCAACUCCAACUGCCAAGCAGCUGGUACCUCGACUUCGAGUUUGACACGAUCUGGCCUAUACAGACUCAGGAGUACUAUAAGAGGAAACAUUUCAUAAAAAAACCGUGGAUCAUCAAGCGACGGCAUCGACGAGAAUUGUACGCCAAUUUUGAAACAGCGUUCGAUAGUCAAAAUCUACCAGGAAGACAAUGCGUUCUAAGAACAAUAUGCGAAGCAAGAACGUUGCUGAGCCCACCAGGCGUUUCCUUCGUAGAGGACGCCAUUCGAGUGAUCCUGAGAAACGUUGAGAAUGUGGCUGAAACUGAUCACUACGACACUGCUUACAGGACGAAGGAGCCCUGCGACGUUGCUUACUCGUGCCCCUUUUCCUUGCUACAGAUAUUGUUAUUUAACCUGUACUCUGACACUCUAUCCUGA